GGGAGGCGGAAGCGGCGCGGGGCGAUCGCGGGGCGGCGGCGGCGGCGGCGGGGCCGGGCCGGGCCCGGCGAGGCCGCGGGGCCAUGACCGAGUACAAGCUGGUGGUGGUGGGCGCCGGCGGCGUGGGCAAGAGCGCGCUGACCAUCCAGCUCAUCCAGAACCACUUCGUGGACGAGUACGACCCCACCAUCGAGGACUCGUACCGCAAGCAGGUGGUGAUCGAUGGCGAGACGUGCCUGCUGGACAUCCUGGACACGGCGGGGCAGGAGGAGUACAGCGCCAUGAGGGACCAGUACAUGAGGACAGGAGAGGGCUUCCUCUGCGUCUUCGCCAUCAACAACAGCAAAUCCUUCGCCGACAUCAACCUCUACAGAGAACAGAUCAAGAGAGUGAAGGACUCAGAUGAUGUGCCCAUGGUGCUGGUGGGGAACAAGUGUGAUCUGCCCACGAGAACAGUGGACACAAAACAGGCCCAAGAACUGGCAAAAAGCUACGGAAUCCCCUUCAUAGAGACCUCUGCAAAAACGAGACAGGGUGUGGAAGAUGCUUUUUACACCCUGGUGAGGGAGAUCCGGCAGUACCGGAUGAAGAAGCUCAACAGCAGCGAGGAUGGGAACCAGGGCUGCAUGGGAUUGUCCUGCCUGGUCAUGUGAGAAGAUGCCAAGGAAACUGGUUCAGGUGCAGCUGCUGGACGAGCCUCGAUCUGUGCUGCCUCUCCUGCUGAUCCCUGCAGUGUUUGGGUGCCAGGGACAGGCUCUGGGCACCAGAGUUAAUUAGCACAAGGACCUUCUCCGUG